UUAUUUAGGAUUUUUGAAAUUUUAUUAAUUGUACAAUGGACACUGGAUAAAGAUAGUGAUGUUGUGUUAUAGUUAUUUAGUAUUGAUUGCAUUUUUAAGUAGGUUUAAGGGUUUUGUUGACAGCGCAGCAACUACGGUGACUACAAAGUCGGAGUUAGAAUGCGAGUUCCCGCCAAAGCUGGAGGAAGACCUGACACACGUGCGCCGGAAACGGCUUACAACAGAAACUGGUCUCGUCUGUUUGGAGGAUUAUCCAUAUACUGUAUCUAUCAGAUUGCAUGGAAAACAUUGGUGUGGAGGAGCAAUCGUUGGAAAUCAAUGGAUAUUGACCGCUGCCCAAUGCUUCGACUAUGUAACCAAAGAAGAAGUAUCAAUAAGAAUUGGCUCGGUUUUCCGCGACUUUGGAGGCAGAAUCCUCUCAGUGUUAGAGAUUAAACGGCAUCCCGAUUACAGAAUGGACCAGUACUACCCAGAACACAACCUUGCCUUGGUCAAAGUCAACAUUAUAAUAAAUCCUUCUGCAAGAUCGCAGCCAGUAAAGCUGGCCAUCGCAAAUGCUGAUAUGCCACCUCACUCGGGCGAAACUAUUGUCACGGGAUACGGAUCUGUGGUUUCCGGCCAGAUUCGAGAAGGAGAAAAUCAGGAGUUACGGAGAAUGAUUGUCAAAGAAAUACCUAGAUCAGAAUGUAGACUGGCCUAUGGGAACGAUUAUCAACUACAACACGACCAUAUGUGCUUACAGAGCGUCGUGAAGGGAGUCGCUUUGUGUGCUGGGGACAUUGGCGACCCGGCGGUACAUUUCAGCGGUGUCAAUCGAGAUGGAACCCUGUUUGGUAUUGCGCUAUUCUCAGGAAUUGAAGAGUGCUCAUACAAGAGUAAACCUGGAGUUUUUGCUAAGGUGUCAUACAGCAGAGUGUGGAUCGACAGAGUGCUGAGAGAACUGCCAGAAAUAGAGCAAACAGAAAGCGCGGACAGCGAAGAGAAUGCCAUACCAUUAGAGUUAAACUAAUUCUGAGAAAACAUAUAUUUAUGACGUAAUAAACGUUGACAAAAUGAAAAAACUUAAGGAAGCUUGUCAAUUUGGAGCUUUAGACACCUGAGUUAGAAUGUCUUCAUAAUUUUCGUGUUUGUGUCUUCUGUUUAGGAAUGAAUAUUGUUUCUAAACAGGCCAAGCUUUGUAACGAACACCAGCUGUUAUCAUCUAAUUCAAUUAUGAUUAGAAACAAUCAAAAAGUGAAAAAAAUUACUGAGAAUUAAAUUGCAAAUUGCCUUCCUAUAGAAAUAUAUAUCGAGUCCACAUCGGUUUAGUAUUUGUGGUAUUUUUGUGGUUCAAAGUUAGAGAUAGACGAACUUGA